AUGAUACAGUCAGACAAAGGAGCAGAUCCACCAGACAAGAAGGACAUGAAGCUUUCUACAGCCACCAACCCGCAGAAUGGCCUCUCCCAGAUCCUGAGGCUUGUGCUGCAAGAGCUGAGUCUGUUCUACAGCAGAGACGUGAAUGGAGUGUGUCUCUUGUACAAUCUCCUCCACUCGCCGUGGCUUCAGGCUCUGCUAAAGAUUUAUGACUGCCUCCAGGAAUUUAAAGAAAAGAAACUAGUUCCUGCCACACUACAUGCACAGGUGUUAUCCUAUGAGGUAGUGGAGUUAUUACGUGAAACCGCUACUUCCCCUGAGAUCCAAGAGCUGAGACAAAUGCUCCAGGCUCCACACUUUAAGGCCUUGCUCAGUGCCCAUGACACAAUAGCUCAGAAAGAUUUUGAACCCCUUCUCCCUCCACUGCCAGACAAUAUCCCUGAGAGUGAAGAAGCAAUGAGGAUUGUUUGUUUAGUGAAAAACCAACAGCCCCUGGGAGCCACCAUCAAGCGCCAUGAGAUGACAGGGGACAUCUUGGUGGCCAGGGUCAUCCACGGUGGGCUGGCAGAGAAAAGUGGGUUGCUAUAUGCUGGAGACAAACUGGUAGAAGUGAAUGGAGUUUCAGUUGAGGGACUGGACCCUGAACAAGUGAUCCAUAUUCUGGCCAUGUCUCGAGGCACAAUCAUGUUCAAGGUGGUUCCAGUCUCUGACCCUCCUGUGAAUAGCCAGAAGAUGGUGUACGUCCGUGCCAUGACUGAGUACUGGCCCCAGGAGGAUCCCGACAUCCCCUGCAUGGACGCUGGAUUGCCUUUCCAGAAGGGGGACAUCCUCCAGAUUGUGGACCAGAAUGAUGCCCUCUGGUGGCAGGCCCGAAAAAUCUCAGACCCUGCUACCUGUGCUGGGCUUGUCCCUUCUAACCACCUUCUGAAGAGGAAGCAACGGGAAUUCUGGUGGUCUCAGCCGUACCAGCCUCACACCUGCCUCAAGUCAACCUUAUCAAUUUCUAUGGAAGAAGAAGAUGACAUGAAGAUUGAUGAGAAAUGUGUGGAAGCAGAUGAAGAAACAUUUGAAUCUGAGGAACUUUCAGAAGACAAGGAGGAAUUUGUUGGCUAUGGUCAGAAGUUCUUUAUAGCUGGCUUCCGCCGCAGCAUGCGCCUUUGUCGCAGGAAGUCUCACCUCAGCCCGCUGCAUGCCAGCGUGUGCUGCACCGGCAGCUGCUACAGUGCAGUGGGUGCCCCUUACGAGGAGGUGGUGAGGUACCAGCGACGCCCUUCUGACAAGUACCGCCUCAUAGUGCUCAUGGGACCCUCUGGUGUUGGAGUAAAUGAGCUCAGAAGACAACUUAUUGAAUUUAAUCCCAGCCAUUUUCAAAGUGCUGUGCCACACACUACUCGUACUAAAAAGAGUUAUGAAAUGAAUGGGCGUGAGUAUCACUAUGUGUCCAAGGAAACAUUUGAAAGCCUCAUACAUAGUCACAGGAUGCUGGAGUAUGGUGAGUACAAAGGCCACCUGUAUGGAACUAGUGUGGAUGCUGUUCAAACAGUCCUUGUCGAAGGAAAGAUCUGUGUCAUGGACUUAGAGCCUCAGGAUAUUCAAGUGGUUCGAACCCAUGAACUGAAGCCCUAUGUCAUAUUUAUAAAGCCAUCGAAUAUGAGGUGUAUGAAACAAUCUCGGAAAAAUGCCAAGAUUAUUACUGACUACUAUGUGGACGUGAAGUUCAAGGAUGAAGACCUACAAGAGAUGGAAAAUUUAGCCCAAAGAAUGGAAACUCAGUUUGGCCAAUUUUUUGAUCAUGUGAUUGUGAAUGACAGCUUGCACGAUGCAUGUGCCCAGUUGUUGUCUGCCAUACAGAAGGCUCAGGAGGAGCCUCAGUGGGUACCAGCAACAUGGAUUUCCUCAGAUACUGAGUCUUAAUGAGACUUCUUGUUUAAUGCUGGAGUUUUAACACUGUACCCUUGUUACAGCGAUCCAUAGUUGCAAUCUAAAACAACAGUAUUUGACUCAUUUUAAUGUGUACAACUUUAAAAGUGCAGCAGUUUAUUAAUUAAUCUUAUUUGAAAAAAAAUUUUAUUGUAUGGUUAUGUAGUUACCUAUUUGGCUCUUAAAAUUUUUUUUUCCUUUACCUCAUAUGCAGCUGUGGUAGAAAUAUGAAUAAUGUUAAGUCACUGAGUAUGAGAACCUUUCGCAGAUUUCACAUGAUCUUUGUAAGAUUUAAAUAAAGAGCUUUCCUAAAUAAAAUAAGCAAUAUUUAACUUUAGAAACUGUAUUUUACUCUACGAAACGCGUUUUAUGAAAACAUCUUUUACAAAAAGUGCUUACUUGACUAACUCAGCAAGAAAGUUUUAAUGUACACAUUUCACAUCUAAAAUCAAAACCUACAAGAAACUGCACUGCCUUCACUAUUUACAAAUCAGCCUACAAGGAAAAAAUUAUUCUCAUGAGAGGUGUGACAAACACUAAUUUUCCUUACAGCCAAUAUCUACAUGCAUGCCUAAAUUAGAAAAAGGCAAUGGAUUAAUCCUAGAGACGUAUAUAUAGAAAAUCACAAGAGUGAAACCGUGUCUCAGAGUUAAAGAAACCAGGGACUAACAGAAAUUCUUGAGCACGCAGGACGGCAGAUAAAAAACAACUUGCUAAAACGCCUAAACUUCUUCCAUUGUGAGAUUAAAAAACAAAACAAAACAAAGCAAACUGGCUGAAAUUGGUUAGUACUAACACGGAUGGCUACCUGGAGUCUGUACAAAAUGAGCUUGCUGGCGUCACAGCUUGAAUCUUCCCCCAUGUUUCACACUGACUCCUUCCAAAAUUUGCACAUGCGACCCAUGAAGGGACAUGAAGAGGUAACUGCGAACGCCAGAGGAUUUUCCAGAUGGCUUCUUUUCUUCCACCAAUCACCUACUAAUCCCAGAAUCCACCCCCUAAACGUUUUCUAAUAAAAAUACUGUCUUAAAGCCAGCACAGGGAGACAGAUUAGAGCUAUACUCCUGUCUCCUUGUUAGUUGACUCACAAUGAAAACUUUUCUCAAAAAACCAGCGCCAUAAUAUUGGCUUCUGUGCGUAUAGGGCAACAAACCCCGUUUGUUUGAACAAGAUUAGGAUGCCAUUACAAAGUGCUGUUUCUCUUUCUUUCCCUAGAUUUGAGAUUUCCAGGCGUUUUCCCUGUCCCUGUAUCUGUUCAUCUUCUGCAUCGUUCUCUUCUCCAUAUCCACAUCAUUCUUCCAUCUUUCCCAUUUCUUUAACUGUAAAACAGAAUGCAUGAUUCAAAAUAUUUGUAGUUCUCUGUUACUUAAAGUGAAAAUUAUCUUAAAAAAAAAACCCAACCAAACAAAACGAUGCAAAUUAGGUCGUUUGUAGUGAUAUUUAUGUGAGGUUGGAUUUGAUUUUAAGGUUGAGAAAAAGUUUUUCCAAAUUUGAUUUACACAGUUGUGGGAUGAAGCGUAAGCAAUCGGAGAAAAUGUGAGAAU